AUGCCUCGCGCUUCUUGGCUCCUGGCGUGCUCCCCGUGUGCCGGGCUCGCGUCGCUAGCCGCGCUCACCACCGGCCUGCUGGUCCUCGGCUACGCGUCGAGCUCCUUCCUCAGGGAUGCGGCGUAUGGGUACGACGACCCCUACAGCCCGGACGCCGCCGACGCGGCGUCGACGGCGCCGCCGGCGACCGUGCCGAGGCGCGGGGCCGGGUACCCGCCGGUGCUCGCGUACUACAUCUCCGGCGGGCACGGCGACUCCGUCAGGAUGACGCGGCUGCUCAAGGCCGUGUACCAUCCGAGGAACCGGUACCUGCUGCACCUGGACGCUGGCGCGGGCGCGUACGAGCGGGCGCGGCUGGCCGGCUACGUCAGGUCGGAGCAGCCGUUCCUCGAGUACGGCAACGUGCACGUCGUCGGCAAGGGGAGCCCGGUCGACGGCCGCGGCGCGUCCGCCGUCGCCGCCGUGCUCCGCGGCGCCUCCGUUCUCAUGAGGAUUGGCGCCGACUGGGACUGGCUCGUCACGCUCGCCGCCUCGGACUACCCGCUCGUGUCUCAGGACGACCUUCUCUACGCCUUCUCCACCGUGCCGAGGGACCUCAACUUCAUCGACCACAGGAUGGACUCCGAGACCGCGCCGGUGGUCGUUCUGGACCAGAAUCUCCUGCAGAACACCAACGCCGAGAUCUCCUUCUCGUCGGGGCACCGUCCGAAGCCUGAUGCGUUCGAGCUCUUCAAAGGUUCUCCCUGGACGAUACUGAGCCGGGCCUUCGUCAAGCACUGCGUGGUGGCGCCGGACAACCUCCCGAGGACGCUGCUCAUGUACUUCAGCAACGCCCUGAACCCCAUGGAGUUCUACUUCCAGACGGUCAUGGCCAACUCGGCGCACUUCAAGAACAGCACCGUCAACCACACCUUCCGGAUCGCCGUCCCGGAUGCCGCGCCGCCUCACCGGUCGCGGUACGACGCCGUGGUGAGCAGCGGCGCGGCCUUCGCCGGCCGUUUCGGUGACGACGGCGACGAGGCGCUGCUGCAGAGGAUAGACGAGGAGCUGCUCAGGCGACCGCUCGACGGCGUCACGCCGGGACAGUGGUGCGCCGGCAGCGACGAGCAGGCAGCGGGCGAGGAGUGCUCCGUCGGGGGCGACAUUGACGUUGUCAGGCAGGGCGAGGCGGGACAGAGGCUGGCGAGCUUGAUGGCCGGCCUUGUCGGGGCCGGACCGUGA